AUGGUAAAGCUGACACUGCCCAACCCUGGCCUGGAGCUGAGGAUACCUUCCCAUGAGGAACUGGAAACCAUUGAGGCAAGAGAGGCAGAGACAAGACCCAAAUGGGACAACAAAGCACAGUACAUGCUCACCUGCAUCGGGUUCUGCGUCGGCCUGGGCAACGUGUGGCGAUUCCCUUACCUCUGCCAGAGCCACGGAGGAGGGGCUUUUAUGAUACCUUUCCUCAUUUUGCUGGUCCUGGAAGGCAUUCCGUUGCUUCACCUUGAGUUUGCCAUUGGCCAGAGGCUCCGGAGAUGCAGCGUGGGAGUCUGGAGUUCUGUCCAUCCUUCGCUGAAGGGAGUAGGCAUCACGGCACUGAUGGUCUCUUUCCUUGUCGGUUUGUACUACAACACUAUCAUUGCCUGGGUGAUGUGGUAUUUCUUCAACUCCUUCCAAGAGCCCCUGCCCUGGAGCAGCUGCCCCCUGCUUCCCAACAAGACAGGUUACGAAGAAGAAUGUGCCAAGAGCUCUCCAGUCGAUUAUUUUUGGUACCGGAAGACAUUAAACAUCACCACUUCCAUUGAUGAGUCUGGAACCGUCCAGUGGUGGCUUCUGCUGUGCUUACUGUGUGCCUGGGCAGUGCUCUAUGUUUGCACAAUCAGAGGCAUUGAAACAACAGGAAAGGCAGUGUAUAUAACAUCCACCCUUCCUUAUGUCGUGCUCACCAUUUUCCUGAUCCGUGGCUUGACGCUGAAAGGAUCAGUCAGUGGAAUAGUGUAUCUGUUUACACCCAAUGUUACUGAAUUGGCUAACCCGGUUACAUGGCUAGAUGCUGGUGCUCAGGUCUUCUAUUCGUUCUCCCUUGCCUUUGGGGGCCUCAUCUCAUUCUCGAGUUAUAAUUCAGUUCACAAUAAUUGUGAGAAGGAUGCUGUGAUUAUCUCACUGAUCAAUGGCUUCACCUCCAUCUAUUCUGCCACAGUCAUAUACUCGAUCAUCGGAUUCAGAGCAACACAGAGAUACGAUGAUUGUGUUAGCCAAAAUAUCCUCACUCUGACAAAUGCAUUUGAUUUCCCAGAAGGUAACAUAACUGAAGGAAAUUUUGAAGCUAUGCAAGCUUGGUGUAACAUGACGGAUCAUGCAACGUACACCACCCUUAAGUUUCAGACUUGCAACCUGGAGACAUUUUUAUCUGAUGGUGUUGAAGGAACCGGCUUGGCAUUUAUUGUCUUCACAGAAGCCAUCACCAAAAUGCCGGUCUCGCCUUUGUGGUCCAUUCUUUUCUUUGUCAUGCUGUUCUGCUUAGGUUUAUCCUCAAUGUUUGGAAACAUGGAGGGUGUUCUUGUACCCCUGCAAGAGCUCAAUGCAAUACCCAAAAAAUGGCCUAAGGAACUUGUUACAGGUCUGAUUUGUGUUGGGUCUUUUUUGAUUGCCAUUAUUUUUGUGCUGAGGUCAGGAAACUACUGGCUUGCCCUGUUUGAUAAUUUUGCUGGAUCCAUCCCUUUGCUGAUCAUCGCUUUCUUCGAGAUGUUUUCUGUUGUCUACAUAUAUGGGAUAGAUAGAUUUAAUGAUGACAUUAAGUUCAUGAUUGGACACAAGCCCAACAUUUUCUGGCAGGCCACCUGGAGAUUCAUCAGCCCCCUCAUCAUGUUGGUCAUCUUCCUCUUUUAUUUUGUGGUGAAAGUGAAUCAAAAAUUAGAAUACAUCGUUUGGGACCCAGAAUAUGACCUGUUCCCCAAGUCGAAGGAAAUGCUGUACCCUGGCUGGGUUUAUGCCAUCAUCGUGAUUGUGGCAGGUGUGCCAAGCUUGAUGAUCCCUGGAUUUAUGGUCUUCAAAGCCAUCCAAAGCUGUGUGAAGAAGCAAGAUGACCGGCAGGAUCUGGUCAAUGCUGUAUCGGAAGCAUCUAUCAACGGGGAGCUUAAAAAUAAGUUCUAACAAGACCUCUUGGGAAGGGACAGGAAAAGGCUUGUGUGCCUGAGGGAAAGGGAAAUAGCCGUCUCUCU